AUGGAAAACAUUGGGAAGUAUACCACCACUGGAGACUGUCUUGUCAUUGAUAUAGAGGAGAACUUGACAUUUGCAGAGGAGAAUACUGUACCAGACAGCAUGAUCCAUGUUUCAAGAACGCCCAAGUUCUCUACUUGUGGGACUAUAAGUUUAGACCCGUCUCCUAUGGAAACCACUGACCAGGACCAGGACUUGAGCUCAGCAGCCAGACACAGAAGACCCAGGUCCCAUUCCUACUACAGCCCAGAGGACGCCAAAAAGCAUGGCGUAGAGACGGCAACAGAUGAGAACUUUGUCAGGCCACGCUCCAGGUCUUUCUAUAGUUACGAGACGUCUGAGCUCCACAGAGAAGGGAACUUUACCAGGUCCAACGCCAUGAGGCCGAGAUCCAACUCCCUGGAGAAGAGUGGGGACGGAAAGACGGAGAAGAGUAGUGCAGAUGGGAAUCAGGGGAUCAUGGCUCGGCUCAACAAGAAAUCCAAGUCCAACACCAACAAACACUUGCCAUGCAGAGAUCUCAAUGGCAGAAGAGGCAGUCUGAAGGGUGUCACCAUGAUGACCAUCUCUGAAUCAGACAACUGGGAGAUCAGCUCCUGCUCUGGCAUGAAGUAUGGCCAGUUUGUGGACUGGGAGAAGAUCGAUCCUGAAUCUUCAGAGCGCUACCAGAGGAUUCUGAAGUCAGACCACCAGGAGCUAAAGACCAUGGGUCGAUCAGGGUUCUGGGCCAUGCCCCAUACACUAAGGGCCAAGGCCUAUUAUCAUAUAAUUCAUGGUAUCAACUGCAGGUCCAUCCAACCGGAUCGAGAUCGUUACCAGGAUGUGGCCAAGAAGCUCUUCGGGGAGCAGAAGAUGAGCACACACCCGUUCCCUGAGUACAUGGAUGAUGGCGUGAUCCCCAGGUACUGCCUCAACGAAGCUGGUCUCAAUUCUGUCAAAAAGGUCCUCCUCUGCAUCGGCAAGCACUUCCCGGACAUCAACUUCUGCCCAAUCCUCCCAGCCUUGGUGGCUCUCCUCCUGCAUUUCAGCGAAGACGAAGCCGAGUGCUUCCACAGCAUCUGCCGCCUUAUCGCCUACAAUGACCCCAACAAGCGUUACAUCGACCAGACAUUCCUCACCUACCGGGCCUCCUGCAUGACCUUCGGCGACUUGGCCAACAAGUACUGCCGCGGCAUCCGCAAGCUCAUCGCCAGCUCCCACCAGAACCUCUUUGAGUUCUACUCUGAUUGGAUCAUGUGGAUCUUUGCCGACCUCCCCUUCACAUACGCUAUCAGGGUCCUGGAUGUCUAUCUUCUGGAGGGUUACAAGGUUCUCUACAGGGUGGCUCUGGCUCUUCUCAGCUUGUACAAGGUCUCGGUUUCGUCUCGUGUCGCCGAUGUGGAGGACUUCAGGCGAGACAUGAAGAGUUUUGUGGAGAACGUUGCUCGUCACUGUACGGUGGAGAAGCUGCUGGAGAGGGCUUUCAGUAUCCAGCUGGCCACGCGGAGGGAGCUCAACCUACUGUUCAACGCUAACAAGGACUCGCUCAUGCAGAAGGGCAUCAGUAUCCACCAGAAGCGGCAGUCGUGCCAGGUAGUGGAUUUUGACAGCUUCAGCUCCAGAGUUGUCACAGGGACAGAGAUGAGGAUUGUCUGGGCCUGGAUCCCUGAACGCUUUGCCCUCUUCAAUCCCAAAAGGCUAUUCAGCACCAACGAACAUGGCCGAAGCCUGGCCUCAUUUUAUUCCCGUGUUGAGGGGCAUGAGCCAGCGAUCUUGCUUCUGAAAACUGUGGAUGAAGAGGUCUGUGGUGCCUUCCUGUCGACAGAUUUGAUUGAGCGGAAAAAGUAUGAUUCAGAAGAACCUGCGUAUUUUGGGACUGGGGAGAGCUUUGUUUUCACGCUUCGUCCAGGCAUGGAGCGCUACCAACGGGCUGUGGUUCACAUUACGGCCAAGAGACAACCUUCUCCAGACCUUCGAGCUGCUCGGGUCUGUGUAUACACUUCCUCUGGUAAAGAGGACUCCUCCUCUACCACACUCUCCACCACCUCUACGACCAACCACACCACCCUGACCUGUCCAUCCGGGACCCUCCAGGACCCCAGCUACCUGACCAUCCCCUUCACCACCUCCCCCGGACCUCUCUCCCCCUCACCCAAGAGGGCCAAGGAACAAGGGGCCUCCAUGUUCAUCGCCGGAGACCACGAAAGGCUAGUCAUUGGUGGCGAUGGGGGUCACGCUCUCUGCCUCCAGGCUGAUCUGGAGGGAGGCUACACGGAGCGAUGUGACACCUUCGAGAGCGCCCCUCUCUGCAAGAGACACUUCAAGAUCCAGUCCCUGGAAGUGUGGGGAAUUCAGAACUCCAUCUCGUUCUCACACUACUUCUCUUACUGUCAUUAAAAGAGGAGGCUGACAUAUGGUUCCCCCUCUUAUAUGAACUGGUUUCUCCUAAUUCCGUUGUCCAUUUGAUUAGACUGUAUUUUCCUUAGUUAUGUGUGUUGAUGACAAUGACCCAUAGGCUAAAUUAACAGGAUUUUUACAGUGCAUUCGGAAAGUAUUCACACCGCUUGACUUUUUCCAUAUUUUGUUACGUUACAGCCUUAUUCUAAAAUCAAUAAAAUAAUUUCCCCCCCUCAUCAAUCUACACACAUAAUGACAGAGCAAAAACAGGUUUUUAGAUAUUUUUGCAAAUUUAUUCCAAAUUAAAAACUGAAAUAUCACAUUUACAAAAGUAUUCACACCCUUUACUCAGUACUUUGUUAAAGCACCUUUGGCAGCGAUUACAGCCUUGAGUUUUCUUGGGUAUGACGCUACAAGCUUGGCACACCUGUAUUUGGUGAGUUUCUCCCAUUCUUCUCUGCAGAUCCUCUCAAGCUCUGU